GGCCUGGUCAGCCUGGCUCCGCCGUGGAAGAGGCACCGGCGGCGGGGUAGCGGGACUCAGGGCUGUCAGGCCCGGCACCCGCAGCUGGGCGGGUGAGGGGAAAAGCCCUGAGCAGCUGCAGCCUGUCGGGCUCUCCGGUCUGCGCCCGCUGCUUCCGAGAAGUCGUGUCCGCCUCUUACCACCAGCCCUGUUCCUGCAGCGCUGCCGCAAAAUACCGGCGUCGAUCCCCGAACAGGGGAGUCGUGUGCCUGCGAGCGCGGCGGGCCAACCCCGGGCAGCGGCGCCCAGUCCUGGGGGCCAGAUUUUGCCCGUGGCUCACACAAAAAUACAUCCUGAUCAGAAACUAGGUGAAAGUGUUCAGCAACUUCUUCUAGCAAAAAUUUCAGUCUACUUGAUGACAUUCUUAAUAGUCACAGUGGCAUGGGCAGCUCACGUAAGGUUAUUUCAGGUGAUAGAGCUUAUAGAUGAUGUCCUUGCUCUUCUAAACCUGGCUUGUAUGAUGAUCAUAACAUUCUUGCCCUACACAUUUUCCUUAAUGGCCUCCUUUCCAGAGGUACCUUUUGGCAUUUUCCUGUUCAGUGUCUGUGCUGUUGUCGUUGGCCUUAUACAGGCUGUGAUAGUAGUGUAUGGAUUCUAUCACCCACACUUACUGAAUCAACAGAUACAGGUGUCUGAAAAUCAGAAUUUCUAUAAACGACGUAUCUUAAAGAUUAUCCUGAGAGGACCACUUUUAUGCUUUUUAGCAGCCAUCUUUUCCUUUUUCUUUAUUCCUUUGUCUUACGUACUUCUUGGGCUUGUAAUAAUUUUUCCACAUCUCACUCGAUUCGCUACAUGGUGUAAAACCAAAAUUGUUGGUCAGAGAGAUGAAGAGGAGGCACACCAUAGUUUAGAAACCUUCACUUUUUACCUCAGCGAGCCUCUGAGUAAGGAACGGGUAGAAGCAUUCAGUGAUGGAGUCUAUGCUAUUGUAGCAACCCUGCUGAUUUUGGAUAUAUGUGAAGACAACGUCCCUGAUCCUAGAGAAGUUGAGGAGAGGUUCCAUGGCAGCCUUCUUGAAGCUUUACGUGAAUAUGGACCAAACUAUCUUGCCUACUUUGGCUCAUUUGUAACAAUUGGUCUCCUGUGGUUUGUCCACCACUCACUCUUUCUUUAUGUAACAAAAGCUACGCGAUUAAUGGGGCUGCUUAAUGUACUUUCAUUGGCUUUCAUUGGUGGGCUUCCGCUAGCUUACCAGCUGACCAGUGAAUUUGCAGAGAAGUCUCACAAUGAAAUAGAAGCCAUUCAGGUCAGCUGUGUUAUCACUUUCUUUGCCAGCAUAUUUCAGUUUGCAAUAUGGACUACAGCCCUCCUCUAUGAAAGGGAAACUUUGCAUCCUUUUGCUAGAUAUGGUGGCAAAGAGCAUGCCUUCAUGUUUGCAAAGCUAGCUCUCUACCCUUGUGUGAGCCUCGGGGCCUUCUUUCUAACAUGCUUAUUAAGUGAAUUUAGCACAGCAAUUUUCCAUCUUAUGCAGAUUGUAAUCCCAUUUGCUUUUCUUGCCUUACGCAUUUUUGUUAGAAUUUCUUUAACUGUCAUAAGGUCCAUGAUGUCUCUCUCCAGACAGAAGGUUGUAUUGUUAGAAGAAGAGGAGGCAUGUUUAUCUCCUACGUAAACACUGUCCUAAAUUUCCAUGCAGUGCAUGUGAAGUUAUAGCAUUAACUUCAGUUCUCCUAACUCACAUUAUCUUCAUUUGUGGAUUAUAUUGACCUGAAACAAAGUUUGUCUUGUCUAUAACUGGGGCAUAUUUAAGUUUUAGCUGGUCAUGCUUGAGACUCUCCAAAACCUGUAAUUGAAAAAAUUGGGUAAGUAAGGGAUACAAAAAAAAAAAACAAAUGUGUUCUGGUUCCUUUAGAGUUAGUCUUUGAAAGAAAAAAAAAUGCUGCUUGACAUGUAACUGCAGGAGUGAUCAAUUAAGAAGUGCACAAACAGAUGCCCAGAAAAAUGCCUUUUUUUCUGAAAUACAGCAGUCAUUACAGCAGCCCAACACAAGUAUAGAAGCUGGUUGUGCUACUUUAAGAUGGGGAGUGAGACUUGGAAGACAUGGAGACCUCUGAGUGGUGCAUCAUGACAGAACCUUUGUGCAUACAGGUUGCUGUUCUACUUUUUUUUUUUUUUUUUUUUAAUGGUUACAACGUCUCUUCUGCAGAGCCAGAAACUUGUGAUAACAUUUUGAAAAUUACUUCUGUUGGACUGGCUGUGAGCAUGAGUUAGGUGGGAGUUGGAACUGUGACUUGUAUGCAGUCUUCCAGGCUCUGUGAACACAAGUUCUUCAAACCUAUCUGUUGUUUUGAAAAAAUAUGUGUAUUUAACAAAUGAGGAUUCAUGUGGCUAUGUAUCCAAGGUUUGAACUAGCUUUGGUAUCUUCCAGGGAAGAGAUUCAAAGAGCUAUGGACUAGAGGUAAAUUUGUUUUCAGUUCUGAAGCAGCUGCUCAUCUAAAAUGAAAGGUUUGGAUUUCUUAGACUUCUGGUGUCUGUUUUCAUGCCUGUUGAAAGAAACAUCCUUCUUUUUAUUCUGACGACAUGAUGUCAUAUUCAGAGAGAACAUAAGACUUUCCUGCCAAUAUAAGAGUUCCCUAUCAAGUAAGGGAGUUGAGUUUUUCCCUAAGUAGAGAUACACGAGCCUCAGCAAGACAGCAAAAGAAACUAAGUAUGUAGAAGUUCCAGUCCAGGGCAUGUUGAAUUUUUUUACACUUAUGCGCAGUUUGAUAAGCUUUAUUCUUAUCAAACAUUACCCUGCAGAGAGCUGUACAGAAGGACUGGACAAAGAUGUCUGGCCCCUGGCUGCCCUGGCAGCCUUUACGUUUCUUUUUUGGCAGAGCCAUUAGUUUGUAUCUUGAACUGUCAUAAUGCCUGAUAACUUAAUGCCAUAUUUGAAGGCAUUUGAGGGAUUUUGUUGUUCAGCUUAAACAAACAAAAAAAACAACCAAAAAAAACAAACUGGUGGCAAACUAUGCCUGGAGUACUUGCUAGUGAAAGCAAAUUCAAAUAUCUUAUUUCAGUUGAGAUCAGUUGUAAAAGCACUUGUGCUUUUGGUUUGAAGCACCUUGGCACCAAUAUGUAAUCGUUAGUAUUUCAUACACACUUGUUAUGAGAGAGUAUGUUCAGAUAUGUAAUGGGUUUUGUACCUGGUUGAUGUUAAAUGACUUGCAGUAGGAUUCUGCAUUGUGUUGUAUUACAGGGUGUUUCUGAUAUUUAACAAAAGCACUUUUGGUUCUACAUGGUUUUGCUUCUAAUGUGCAGCAGGCACAUAAUAAGCAGUGAAUAUGUGUAUUUAUAAUAAAUUUCUAUCAGUGAAAAAAGAAA